UUGUGACUAGAGUUAAGUUCCUAACUUUUGAAAAUCGACUUAAUUAUGGUCUCAAAAAUAGUGCUUCUUGUAUUUUUGCUUGUUUUUCAAGCAUACGCCCAAAAUGACAGCUUUAUAGAACUCAUCAAAAGAGUACACAAAGAAAGAGAUACGGCAACUUGUCACUUUAUUAAUUUUGAUAACGAUUUUUUGGCUGUAUUCUUUCGGUCUAAUCCACCAAUUCCAGUCUCAAUUUGGAAUGAUGCUAGUAUUCCUUCAUUUGAAUUCAGCAACGCCAUCCUUGUGGUACAAGCUCUUGAAGAGGAAACCGUUCACAAUGAUACCCUUUUGGAAAGACUUAUUGAAAACCUUGAACUAAGAAGAGAUGUCAUAGUUUCAGCAGAUAGUCUUGUCAAGCUUGAGGAAUAUUUCUCAUAUUUGUCGGAAAAGAAGUUCACACGUAUCGUUGGAUUAGCAACUGAUGAUGACAGAAUUUUGUAUGGAUAUUUUCCCUACGCAGACAAUAAAGUCCAACAAAUUUCUCCACAUGGACCACUUUCUCAGCCCUUAAGCGACUUAAACGGUUUCAGUUUUCGUACAACAAUCAUGCACGACUUUCCAAGGAUGUUUUCUUUCAAGGACAAAAAAAGUCGACUACACAUAACUGGAUCAAGUGCUAACAUAUUCAUCGGUUUUCUUCGUAAGCACAAUGCAACUUAUCAACAACUUUCGAACUCAAGGCGAAAUUCCUCGAUUACAAUGACCGAUGUCGUAAAAGCAACAAUUGCAAAUGAAAUUGACAUCAGCAUGAAUGCUUAUUCGCCACAACCAUCCUGUGGUUAUAGUUAUCCGAUCAAAGUUGUCACUUGUCUUAUGAUGGUUCCAGUGAAUGGCUUUGUCGAUACACAGGAGUACUUUAUUCGACCCUUUAAAUCUUGGGUGUGGAUUUUUAUACUGAUAUUUGUUUUCUAUGUCACAAUGUGGAAGGUCUCAUUGAAUAAAUUCCUGCAGAAGAGCCCUGAUUACUGGCAAAGCUUUAGUCAGACAUUUACAGCGUUGUUGUUAAUAUCUCCAGAAAGAUGCAUCACAGACAAACUCCGUUUACAUUCGCAGGUUUUUUUCUUCACCUUCCUUAUUAGCAACAUCUACGUUAUCUACUUUACGUCCUUUAUGAUAGUGUCCAUUCCAAUCAAGCAGUUCGACACUAUGCAGGAUUUAAUUGACAACAAUGUCAAAAUAUUGACCACAGAUUUUGAUAAGAACCAUUUAACCGAAGUAAAAGCAUAUUCGAAAAGUUUUUUGGAGCUAAUGGUUCCAGUGGAUCGAAAAUUGUAUGGUAAAGCGCUGCUGUCAUUGAAUAACGCAAGCUUUGCUUAUAUUGUUGGGGAUGAUAAACGGGAUUUUUUGAUGAACAUACGAGCGUCUUGGAUGAUUAAACCUGUCCUCCGGACAGCUAGAGAGACAUUGAAUUUCUACUUUAUUUGUUAUUUUUUGCAUCCGCAUUCACCGUUUAAGGAUAUUUUGGAUGAAUUUAUUAUAAAUUGUCUGGAGACAGGUUUGACUUAUAAAUGGGAUACGGAUCUUGUACUUGAAAUUCUAAGACACGGUUUCAAAGAGAAAAUAUACAAUAGGCCUGAGUAUGGCCCGCAAAACGUUUCUUUGAAUUUGAAGCAUUUCAAAUUUGCUUGGACGUUCUAUGUCAUUGGGUUGACAAUGGCGGGGUUGGUGUUUUUUGGUGAACUUUAUAUUAUUAAAUUUGUUUCCGCUGAAAUUCAAAAUACUGAAGCACGUUAUUGAAAAAUGUUUACAAAAUUAAAUAAAUACUUUUUAUAAAACUAAUUACACAGCAAACAAAUAAAACAUAACUUAUUAUAUUUAAA